AUGUUUAAAGAUUAAAAUGAUAUUUUCAUUGAAAUAAAGAAACGUCCUGCUGAAAAAACCCUCUCGUUCAGCGAAUUGGCCUAACUGAGAGAGGUUCCUUAUAAGUAUUUCAAAAGCGAGCCUAUAUUUUUGCAGCUUUUGAACCAGUACUGUAGAGAUAGCAAGUUUUAAAUCAGAGUAUGUGAAAGAUCUUUCAUUUUAACAACAAUUGUUCCUCUUAUGCAGAAAGAUAAUCCGCUUGAGGUUAUUCAAGGAGCAAGUGAAUGUCUUGCCUUAUUAAGCCAAAAUUCAGAAACACAUGAAAAGAUAUUAAAAUCUGGUGCUCUCAAGACAAUUGCUAUGCUCAUUAAAGAUAACUUGCACCAUAAAAUUACAAAAAAUUGUAUUUAAAUUUUUAGUAAUCUGUGUCGCGAUGUGAACAAUUUUUAUGAAUUUCUUUCUCAUCAACUAUAGAGAAUACUUGUAUGUUAAUAUUUGGAUUAAGUCGACUUCGAAACCUAAAAAUAUAUUCUUUAAAUUCUGAUAUCUCUUUGCACAGAGCAUCCUGAUAAUCUAUACAGCGAAGACAUGAAAAUAAUACUUAAAAAAUAAAAAUACUGUGCCCCUCUUGCUCGUGCAAUCGUCUCACCAAAUUAAGAGGUAUCUCUGCAUAGCAUAACACUGUUUAAAAUAUUUAUAGAGAAUGAUAGCAAUAUUAAAAAACUUCAAAAGUUUGACCUAGCUCCUCGUAUACUUUAAGCAUAUAGAUUGUUUAGAAGUUAACCAAAUAAUUAGCAAAUCAUCAGAGCUAUUUUAGAGUUCAUGGAGUAAAUGCUGCAACAUCCUGAGUAUUACAAAAUCUUAUAGGAAGAAAUAUACAUACAAAUAGUGAAAGAGGCUCAAUUCAUUGAUAACUUUGAAAUACAAUACAGAUCACUAUCAUGCUUAACAAAAUUAAGUGAAGGUAUAGAUACUUAAACCAAGUUGAUAGACUUAGGAGUCUUAAACAGCAUGUGUGAUAUAUUGAGAUAAAAUAAGGAAAUCAAAUUAAGAAGAUAGGCAUUGAAAUUCAUAAGCAAUUUAUCGUUUAAUCCAUUUUGUAUAUAGCUGUUGGUUUAUUAAGAAAUAAUAGAUUUGAUUAUCAUAUAAAUUAAUAGCACUGAUAGAGAUUCUCGUAUAAAAAGUGUUAUAACCAUAUCAAACCUCUCUGUAGCUCCUAAUUUCCAUAAAAAACUCCAAAACAUAAAUAUCAAGAGUCUUAUUCAUAUAUUUGAAUAAUCUGAUACAUCUAUAGAGGUUAUGAGAGCAGCAGCAAAUACUCUUGCAAAUAUUUCAUUAGAUCAUGCAUACUAAGUUCAUUUUUUGAGAGAUCCAGAAAAAAGCAUUCUACUGAACCUGAUUAAAACAUAAGAAGAUAUCCAACUUCUUAAAUCAAUAAUUAUUAUUUUCUCUAAUGUGGUAUCUAACCAAACGCUCUCUAUUAUUUCUGAAGAACUACUUGACAUAUUCAUCAAAUUAUAUUUGAAUAAUAGAAUUUAUUAUGAAAAUGAUAUCAGAGGAUACAUCUCCAAAGUUAUUUCUAAAUUUUGCAUCUCUCCUGAAUGCAGAAAAACUAUAAUAUCUAAAAAAGUUAUGAAGAGAAUUAUAGAUGACAUUUACAGCUCAAGAAACGAAACGAAAAAAUAGUUGCUAAUAUCUUUAAUGACCAUGAUUUAUUGCUCUAAAGACAUGCAUACUGAAUUUUUUGAGUCUAACGGUAUAGAUUGCUUGCUAUCGUUUUUGAAUAGAUAGGACAGCUUCUAAAUUUACUUAGCCUUUAAGUGCUUCACUCUUUUAAGUAGAUGGGAGAAAAAUAUAGAUAUAAUCACAACAGACGACAUUUGUUCAAGGAUAUCAAAAAACUCCUUAAUACGAGAAAGAAGAAUCCUUAAGGAAGGUUUGAGAUUUUUCAUUAACAUAAUGAUUUAUAAAAGAUAGGAGAAAGAAAUCGUGAAUAGAUUAUGCUGGUUAAUUAAUGAAGGACUAAGAAAUAAAGAUGAUCCCGAAUGUCUAAAAUUAAGUCUUUUUGCUCUUAUGAUAGUAUCUGAGUAAAUGAAAUAUCAUAGAAAGCUAAUUACUCAUACAACACUGCUUUAAAACUUAUCAAUACAAACUCAAGAAGAUUUAAAUUAGUUUACUGACUUUUUCUCAAAAAUAAUGAUGAAUCUCUCUCUUAAUCCAGAUUGUCAUGAAGUUUUGCUAGAAAAGAAAUUCAUACAACUCACUAAAGAAAUAUGCCUAAAUUUGAAAGAAAAAGAUGAGUUUAUGAUGAUGAACAAUUAUUCAUAUCUUUUGACUUUCGCCUGCCAGAUGCUUAAGAUCGAUAACAUCGCAUUUCAUCUCAAAGAAUUAUUUAAAUAAGGAAUAGUUCAGAUAUUAUAUACCAUCCUCUAGCAAAGCUAUGAGUUUAUGUUCCAUGAAAUUAUAGAAGCAUUUAAUAUAAUCUUGGCAGAAUCUGAAAGCUAUCCUGACUCUCUAUUUGAAACCAUAUAAAAGUUAGCCGAUGAUACAUACAUGAUACAAGACAACGAUACCGUCUACAUGCGUAUCUACAUUCUUAUGUCUCUCUCUAAAAAGCCAUAGAGCAGAGAUUACUUUAAGAGUAGUAAUGUGGUUAAGUUGAUUAAAAAAUUUUUAAUGAACUAUAAGGAUUGGAGUCUCAAUAUAGUUCCUAAUUGCUGCACUCUCCUAGCAAACAUUUCUAAAUAACCAGAACUUUUGAAAUAAAUACUUGAUGAAAAUCUCAUUAAUUUAAUUUUUAAAAUAUGGUCAGAAAAACAAAUAAUAUCAUUUACAGAUUUAGUAAGAUUAUUAGCUUAAAUAACUUCACUCCCUCUUUUUAAUAGCUCUACGUUAGAUGAACAAAUUUACCCUUUUGUGUUCAACUUCCUUUACUAGUAAAUAUCUGAAAAGAAACCAAACAACUCCUUGGUGAAUGCAAGCUUGUUAUGUGUGCUUAAUAUGACAAAAAGCGAUUUCGGAUUAGCUAAAGCAGUUUCUCAAUCUAAAACUAUUUAGCUUGUCAAAACAAUUAUUUAGAGAUCUGAAUAAGAUAUUCAAUUACUACAAAGAAAAAGCUUUUAUAAUCAGUUAAUGAUUUGUGUGCUUAUGGCUAGUAACUUGCUUAUAGAUUCAGAAUUCGCUUAAAAAAAUAAGCAGGAUAUUUUAGAUAUUCUUAAUUGCAUGCACAAUAACGUUACCUGCACUAAAUUUAUGAAUCUUCAAAUCAACACUGGUUUCCUAAAAAUUCUCCAUAAUUUGGUGAUAUAAAAUUAUGCUCUAAAAAAUGAACCAGCAGUAAGAAAAUCAAUAGAGUUAGCUUAUCAAUUGUUUAAUGAAAUAAGUGAUAUUUAGUGUUAAACUUUUAUUUUGAACAUAAUGAACCACUUACUAUAAGACAAAUCCUUUUUUGAGUCUUUUAAAGAAAAUCAGAUUCUUAUGACUAAGAUAUCAGACUAGUUUUUAACUACUUUAAUUACACCUUAAAAUUAGGAUACUAAAUUUAGAUUUUCUCUCUAUACAUUUCUUACAAAUGUAAGCUACUACGAAAAUAGCAUAGAAUUCUUUGAAAGUUUUCUGAAUUUAGAAGAAUUUGUUCAAAAGUUUAAAACUCUCUUUCAAGAUAGCAAUAAAGCUGAAUAAGAAGCUUUAUUAUGCUUCCUUGCUAAUCUUUGCAAUAUCAAAGAAGUUUAAAAUUUAUUACUUAAACAUAACAAGGUUAUGCAAUUAAUCAAAGAAAUCCUCAUCGAACAUCGCUUCGACUCACUUACAUGGACAUCAAUAAGACUACUUGGAAACAUAUCAGCUAAUCCUGAUUAUCAUUUUUUUAUAGCAUAAGAAGACAUUCUAAAAUGCCUGUACAAUGUGUUCAUUUACUAAAAAACAAGUCUUCAUAUGAAAGAAAAAAUAUAAGGGUUACUUGCGAAUGUUACUUUUACAAAGAAAGUUCACGAAAUAAUGAUUAAAAACGAUUGCAUGAAAAUAUUUGAGCUGAUUUUAAACAAAGAAGAUUAGUUACAAGAUACUUAACAAAAUCAUAUGAUCAUUUCAAUGAUUUAGUUAGGUUUAAACCAUAAAAACUUUCACAUGCUUGAAAAUGAUAUAAACUUAGUAAAUUCCCUUUCGAUGGUGAACGAAUGUGAAAAACCGUUGCAAGUGAGAUUACUUCAAAUAGCUACGUUUUAUAUACUGGAUAACUCUCAAGAUACCACAUAAAAUAGAGAGUCUAAGCUGAUGAAUAAGCUUGAUAUAUCAAGAGAAAUUAUGAGUUAUAUAAAAAUGAAUUUAGAAACAAGAUCUGCUUAUUUUAUUAGACAUUUAGGGCGUAUUCUAAGUGAGCUGACAAGCUGGGAGCAUUUUUCUUAAAUCCAAUUAGAUUACACUAAGCUUACAGUUCAAAUCAUCAACAUCAUAAUAUUUUUUGAUAACAUAGAUUAAAAGCUAUCUUAUUUCUAAGUGUUCAAAAAGAUGACCUCUAGUGAAUAUUACUUUAAUAAUACUAGUAAUUUAUCUGAAUAACUAACUAAACUUCUCAAGUUUAAUCAAAUAAUUAUUUCUAAGCUAGAAAGUGCUUAGCCAAAAACAAUCUAAGAACAGAACAGAAUUAAGGGUGAGUAAUUUAUUGUGCUCUUUUUACAGCUACUUUCAAACUGCUCUUUAUUCGGAGCUUAAAAUUAAGAAGUAGCUCAAUUCCUUAUUUCAUAGUAAAUCGAUGAAUUCAUCACCCUAUCUCUAAGGCUCGGUAAAAUCAAAAGCUACAAUAUUCUAGCAUAGGUGAUCUGCACAUUAUCUAACUUUUACUAAAAUGAACAAAUUUUAAAAUCAUGUUAUAGUUAUGCCAACUUAUUUUCCCAGCUCUAAAUUAAAUAUAAGAAAUAUAUUCAAUUUAAUAAAGAAUUUGAAUACUAUUUGGCUGGACUAAUAAGUGUGGUUCUUAAAAUAAAAAAAUAUAAGUUUACUGAUGUUGUUCAAAAAUCGAGUGCAAAUUUUGAUGAAAAUGUAACUAAUGAGUAAAUAGAAGAUGGUGAUAAAAAUAAAGAUACUUAAAAAGUAUUUGUACAGUAGAUUUAAAAUUUGUUGAGAAUUUAAUAAGGAAACAUGAACCUAAAUGGAAGUAAUUUAAACAAGAGUGUAUCUAUAAUGUCAAACGAAAGUGAUAUCAAAAAUGCACCCUUAGAUAAUGAUGAGAAUAAAUUUAUUUUUAGCUUCUUUAUCAUGAUUCUUAAAAAAGGAGCUGAAAGAACUAGAAACGAUAUUUUGAGUGAGCUUAGAUAAAAAGGAGAAAGUCAAACUCUUUAAUGUAUAGCAAACGUAUGCUCAUUAUAAGAAAAUCAUAAACUUAUACUUUCAACUAAGAUACCUGAAUAUCUUUUCAAUUAUCUCAGCAAUGAAAAAUCAAUAACAUUUCCCUUUUAUUCAUAUGCUCUUGCAGGUUUUCUACAUAUUGCAAGAGGAAAAGAAAUUUACAGCAGGAUAAAAUCUGAAGAUAUUUUCAUUUGGUUUAAAAUGGUUGUUUAGUAAUAUGACAGAAGCUACGUAGAAAAGAGCUUGAUCGCAGUAAUAAAUAUGAUUGAAUAUGCAAAAUUCGAGGAUUAUCAAAUAUAUGUUGAAGAUAUAAUUGAGUUUGUUACUCUUAAGAUUAUAUCAGUCUGCUAAGUCAAUGAUCCCCUUCUAGAUAGAGCACUCAUUCUAAUUUAAAAAAUCAUUAAAAUUAAAACCUUAAAAUAUAAAAUUUCAAAAAGCGAAGUGCUCUUCUAGGAACUGUUUAAGUUCUUACUAGAAUAAAAAUUAUCUGAUGAAAAUAAUUUCGAAGGAUACUUUAAGAUAUGGGAAGUACUAUAAAACUUUUUUGACUCAAGAGAGUGUCUAAGCUAAAUAUUAAAAUAUGGCUUAGUAAAAAUUAUAAAGAUGCAGCUCAAUUACUAUUAAGACUACGAUUUAUUUUAUGAAGAAGUUAAGCAAUAAAAGAAAAAUGAGAAGAAAAAUCAGAAUAGCUUUAAUUUUAUUAUAGAGAGAAUCAAGCUUUUAGGGUUGAUAUUAGACUGUGUAAACUCUAUCUUCCAAAAAGAUUAACCUUAAUACAAUUAAAACUAAAUGAAGUUUAAGCUUGUUUAUUCAAAAGAAAAAAAUGUCUCUGAAUCGAAUGAUAGAAUAGUUAACAUCCAUUUCUACUCAAUAUAUGAAGUCUUGAAAAAAAUUGAACCAUAAUUAAAAGAUGAAAAGAUAUCUAAAUUUAUUCUUAUCAUUUCUCACUUGCUACUGAACAUGAGCAAGGUGCUCAUUAGAGUAAACGAAGGCUCUUGUCUUCCAAUAGUCAAAUUUAUAAUGGAGAUGAUGAAAAGUUUUGAAUUGAAUGAUAGUACGUUUAGAUUAAUGGAUAAAUUGACGAUUCGUCAAUGUAUUUUUUAAACACUAAACAUUCUUCUUGAGAAAUAUGAACCUGAAAUGCAACCUCAUUUAGAAGAAAUACUCAAUUUGAUGAUAAAUAACAUGGGAAACGAAUACAAAGUUAUAGAAGAUUAAAAAAGCCUAGAUUUAAAUUUGGUUGCUAGCAGAUAUAGAUAAGUUUAUGUUAAUUUUUUAAACAUAAUUACCAAGGUUGAUUUUAAGCAAAUCAAGGAAUAGGCUGUCAUUAGGUUAGCUAAGAAGAUUUUCCAAAUCAUUUAACAAAACCAAGAUCAUUUCUAGCAUGAUUCUAUGAUCAGAUUCUUUUUUUUAGUUUUCAUUAAAAAGUUUUUACUGUCAAUUGAUAUAAGGAAUCAAAAAGAAUUGAUUGAUAGCUAUAACGAAAUGAUUGAAUAUUUAAAUAGCUACAUAGAAUUCUUCAAUAUUUAUUUGAAAAGAUUGAUAGAUUCUAUUGAUCGCAACUUGUUUACAUAAAAUUCUGAUUACAGUAGCCUUCAUAACCAAUACAAUGAGGAAUAAGAUAGAGAAUCUCAGUUAACUACAUAGCUAUUCAUGCAAGAGUUAGACAUGAAUAACUUAAUUUUAGUGUUUGAAACUUUAAUCUUGCUAGUUUAUUUCACUGAAUUUCCUUCUAUGCUCUCAAGUGAACAAAAUAUUAAACCUUCAGAUAUCAUAUAAACUAGCUUUAUUUGUUGUAUUCGCAUUUUAGAAUUUGAAGAAAAGUUAAAUUCAUUUACUGACUCGGAACAAAAAGAAAAAUUUCUUGAAGAGAGAAGAAUUAAAUAAAAUGAAUUAAAUAGCAUCCUCAAAGUAAAUGUGAUUUUUAUCAAUUAGCUGAGCUACUUCUAGAAACUCUAAAACAGUCUACUUGAUUAGUAAAAUAUAAAAAUACUUAUCAACGGUCUCAUUAAAAAGAAAAAGACUAUUUAAAUGUUCUGCUACAACACAUUGACUAACUUUGCUGAAAUAAAUGGACUCAUUUAUUUAAAGAACCUCAUGCUGGAACUUGAUGUUCUUAUCAAAGAAACUAAUUAGUAAAUGAUUAAACAAGAAAUAAAAAUUGAUAUAGAGCCUCUGAUUGCUUUAUUAGAGCAUGUGUUUUAAGUGCUCCUUGAUGUAGAAAAUAAUUAAAUGCUUUCUUCUCUUAAAUUUAUGAAGGAACAACCAUAAAUUGACACUUAAAAUGCUAAAAACGUGAUAAUCGAGUUUAUUACAGAUUUAGUUUUAGAAAAGGGAGGGAUAGUCAUCUCUCAAAACUUAUAUAAUAUUUUAUUCCAAAUUUGUGAAUAAGAUCUCCAUUUGUAAUCUAGAGUGCUAUACAUUAUCCUCAAAAAUCACAUUUAAGAAGAAAAUAAAAUGGAAGUGAAGGAUUUCAUCAUGAAGAAGCUAAGAGUUUUAAUGAUAGAACAUGUGAGAAUGUUCAAGGAAAUUCAAGAUAAAGAAUAGGAGUUAAAAAUACUCUUGGAGGAAUAUCAAGACAUACUGAAAGAUGAAGAAAUUGAAGGUUUAGAAAAAGAAUUUAAAUACCAUGAUGAGGAAGAAGAAGUAUAAUCUAUAUCUUAAACAGAUGAAAAUAUCGGUGAAGAUUAGUAGCAAUAAGUUCAAAAUAAUUUUAAAGAGUUUAUAGACAAGCAAUCAAAGCAAGGAGAUGAGUCGCCUUUUUCUAGCACAAAUAAAAAAAUACCAGUAAACUAGAGUUUGAGAGAUUUAAGAAAAUCAGACUCCAAGCAUUAUCCUAACCAUAAGUUAAGCUAGUAAAAGUCAAUUGAUGUAAAUUCUCCUUUGCUAAGGUAAAAUUCUUAAAUAAGCCUUUAGAAUCACCGCUAGUAAAGCUAAGAAAACAACAGUCAAAAAACAUAUAGUGCAAGACAUAUUGCAGGUUUCUCCCAAGAAAACUAAGAAAAAGGCGCUUAAACUACAUCUGCUUCAUAAAUAUAACAACCUAAUCAAAACAGUAGUUAAUUCAGUCAGCAAUCUUAAUAUUUAAAGCAGAACAAUUAUACUCAUGAAAGUGUUAAUUCUCAAAAGUAAAAUAAUAGAAGAAAGAGUAGCUAAAGCAACUUGUCUAAAAUGCUUGCCAACCGAACUCUCCGUAAAUAAAAAAUAAAGAGUAGAGUUACAUAGCUGCAACUUGAACUAGAAAAGAUAGCACCUAUUCCUUUGAAUGCUGUUAUGAUUUGGAAGUUCUUAGAGAGACCUGUAAGAAAUUAUGAAGGAAUUAAAUCCAUUUCAAAUUCCUUCUUUUGGGAGUAUUUUAAAGAGCCUUUAACCGAAUAUUAGCACAUUGUCCUUAAUUUUAUGUUCUGCUUAAUUAUAAUUUAAAAUAAAUCUAAAAAUGAUUCAUCAUGGAGAAGUCUCUUGCUAUAAAAUCAUGAUAUAUUUUUAAAGGUUUUAGAUCUUGAAUACAUAAAUGUGUAUAAAUAGCCUGGAUUUUUGUUUUGCAAGUAUAUUGGUGAAACACUUAUUAACAUUUUCUCUAACAAAGGAAAGAAAACUGAAGUAAUUAAGUCAGAUAAAUUUGCAUAUCUCAGAAAAGUUCUUCUAAAUAGUAAAAUAAGGGAGUUAGUUGAUAUUUCCAAGAGUCUGGAGGUUUGUAUAAAAAAUAAGUGA